GUGUGCGAUGCAGAAGAUAGGUGCUGUGUAUUUUCUGUAUCUUCUGAUGUACUCAGGACUCGAGUUCACACUCACUUUCCUUACUCACAACAGGCUCAACUACGACAGUAUGCAACAAGGGAAGAUGUUAUUCUUUUUGGGGACCAUAAUUGCUUUAGUGCAGGGUGGUUAUGUUAGAAGGAUACCUGCAGGGAAAGAAGUGAAGAUAGCGACCCUGGGAAUGACGAUGCUUAUCCCAGCCUUCGUGUGUAUGGCUUUUGCCUACAAAGCUAGUAUGAUGUACAUAGGACUGACAUUAUUUGCCUUUGCUUCAGCCACAGUUGUUCCAUGUCUGACAACACUGAUCUCAGGAUUUGGAGGCACGGAUCAGAAGGGGGUGGUGAUGGGAGUGUUCAGAUCUCUAGGGCUCUAGCCAGAGCUUUCGGUCCUGUCUUAUCCA